AGUUAUUUUAAUACUAAACGUCAUUUACUAUUGCUACUAUUAGUUUUCGUGAGGCUUAACUUUCGAACAGAAAAUGGGUGUAUUCCCUGGGUUUGGUAGCUGGAUCAAUCAGAACAGUCAACAGCCUCUUAAAGCAGAGGCCAAGAGAUCUGAAAAUGUGGACUCAGAGGAAGACGAUUUUAAAUAUCCUGAUAAGAUCUAUUUUGAUCUAAAUGACGAGCAGAAGCAACUAGAUCUUUGGCAUGAAGCAGAGAAGAAGCAUCCAUGGCAUAAUGCAUCUCCUAAGAUCAAGGUGACACAUGAAAAUGGUUUUUACCAUAUGAACAUAGAAAUGACCGUAGGGCUGCAUCCAGAAUUGCUCUACGGCUAUUUGAUUGAUCCAGGAAGUGGUACAUUUCACGAUUUGCGCAAACGGCGCCAACUUAUGCAAAACAAAUCAAGAAAGGUUUUGUUUGAGAAAGGUCCGAGGCAAAUGAUGAGGGUGGAAAAAUCUGUGGCUUGUAAUGUAUUUGGGGUGUAUUUCCCUAUCUCUAUGGAUCUAAUCAUCGAUGAAAACAGAAAAGAUCUUAUGACGCAAUAUAAGAAAGAGAAAGUACGAUUUAUGAAAGCAUUCGAGGGUAACUUAAAAGUGGAGCCUGUAUUUGUAGAUAAAGAACGUUUAUGCAAAAAGAAGAUACCAAUGACUCGAGAAGAGUAUAAAAAAUGUAGUGGUGGCCAAGGAAAGAUUGCGUCAAAACUGACAAUAGACCAAUACUAUAAGCCAUAUCCUCCUUUUAAUCUACCGCCGCUUUCUUGGUUCAUCCGUGGGAUGACCAUCAAAACCUCCAAAAUUCUGCUUGCACGGAUUCAGGACACGUCUAUUGCAAUGAGAACGGCUAUACAAUUUCCAAAGGAGACAGCAAGUAACAAACAUGAAAAACACUAGAACCUCAAUGAACAUACACAAAUACUCUUAAAAGUUAAUAAUAUUCUCAAAGUUAUAAGAAUACAAUCAACAAAGCAAAAUAUGUAAAUCUGUUUAUUAAGAAAAUACAUAAUAAUAAAAUUCAAAUUCAGUUUAAAAAA